AUGGAUGAAGAGCUUUGCACCGCCGCUUUACUGGCGUUGGAUCCGGCAGACGUUGCAGGGGACGCGGAGCACGCAGUUGCUGUGAGACACAUCACGUAUCGGCGGCUUUCUGCUUUUCCAAAAAUUGUGGAAAAGCGACUGCUCGCCUUGUUGCUUAGCGGGCAACUUCAUGGCCACCAGCUGACAGUGAUGGACACCAUUCUGCAGCACGUCGUUCAGGUUUCUACCGGACGUUUGCUUAGUUGCAGUCCAGCGUUAAUGCGAUCCACUGCCAUCUGGCCGUUGCUUCGUAUUUCCUUUGUGAAACGCAACGAGUGGCUCACUCCUGCUGCGCCGCUGCAUGUCUUUUCGGACCUCAUGCUUCCCCUAAGUGCGUUGGUUUCCACAGACAACGAUCAACGAUCGUCGAAGAACAGGAACGACGAUGAGUACGGGGCAUGA